GUGUGUUAUCUUUUAUUAUUCGUUGGGCAUUUAGAAGUAAUAUUGUAGCUCCAAUAGAAGAAGAUUUACAAAAGGGUAUGCAUGUACUCAAUCUACGGUCCAGGAAUGUGGCCUGGACAUUAUAUCAUUGACAUGGCAUUAGAUUACCGCCAAUGUCACUUUACCGCUGUUGAUUUAUGUGAUUUACUACCAUCUGAUUUUGAAGAAGAUAAUUCAUUCAAAUCCUCAGCCAAUUCUUCCAGCAUAUCCUGCACAAAGCCCACACAGACACUAUUUACACCCAUGCAUCCUAAACUGUCUACUAAACUACAGAACACAACCACACCCGUGAUGGACUCAUCCCUAGAUACGACCCAUAGUAGUGAAAUUCACAGUCAGUUAUUAUCAUCCCAUAUUGAAGACACAGCCACUGUUUCCUCAAUGAGUGAUAUAGAGGAAGACCACCUGGAAACAACCACUCGUAUUGGCCAGUUAUUUAUUAAUGGUUCUCCACCAAUAUCACGCAAACUAUUACAGAACCUCGAAUUUUAUGAGGCAAACGUAGUGAAUGCUAAAUUACCAUUUGAAGAUAAUCAUUUUGACUUUGUACAGCAAAGACUUGUCACAUCCUCGUUUACCAUUUCCGAUUGGAAGUGCGCGAUACAAGAAUUAGUUCGUGUGACAAAGCCUGGUGGUUAUAUUCAACUGUUGGAGAUCGAUCAUUAUACCUUUAACCUCGGGCCACUGGGCAAACUAUGGGAAGCCGAAUUGAUCAACACGAUAAGAGAAAAAAGAAAAAUGGAGCCAAGGAUGGCAUGCCAUUUACCAGACCUGUUAAAAGCAAUGGGCAUGGCAGAUGUAUCCUCUAAGCUUGUCUCCAUUCCAUUCGGUUCCUGGGGUCUCGAUCUUGGUGUUUUAUGGAAGAAUAACAUGGAAUCAUUUGCUGAAUCGACAGCACCUUUAUUUAGUAAGCUUGUGGGAUGUACACCUGCAGAAUAUCGACAAAAAUGGCGCACUUUAAUAGAGGAAGCAAAAGACCGAAAAGCUUUUAGUAACAUUCAUGCCGCUUGGGCAAGAAAACCGGCUGAUUAUAAGCAAGAUGCGAUCGAUUGGUCUCUAUGCCCUCCUUUUUGUACAGAUAUUAAAUAAUACUCUCAAAUCAGAAUUAAACAAUUAGAAUGAAUAUAUAGCUUUAGACUAACG